UACCCUUGGGCCAGCACUGAUGAGAGCAAAUGGCCAGACCCUAUUGUGCACCUCCUGAAGAAAAAGAGAAGAAGAGAGGUAGAAAAUCAAAGAAAAGGAGAAGAGAAUUAGAUGAACAACUGGCAAAAAAGAGAUCGGUUCGUUGCACCUACAGUAUAUGUCAUCAAAUUGGGCAUAAUAAUAGAUUGUGUGGAAAAAUAAUAUCAACUACAAACGAGGGAGAACUUCAUUAGUUUCAUUAUGUUCUUGGAUAUAUGAAGUGAAACAUCUAUUUGCUGGGAUAAUGCAUGACUAGCUUAUUGAUUAAACCAAUUAUAGAGGCCAAGCUAAUUAGUAUGGAGGAUAUUGUUGAGAGUUGUGACAGAACUCCUACUCCAGCAAAACGUAGAUAUUCACCAAUUGAUGAAGAACUAGUGGGUCUUCAAGAUGAUGCAGAAAGAAUACAUCGACAUUUGACUAGAGGGACAAAGGAGCUGGAUGUUAUAUCGAUUGUAGGAAUGCCCGGACAAAGCAAAACAACUUUUGUUAGAAGGUUAUACAAUAAUCCUUCAAUUGUUUCUCACUUUGAUGUUCGGGUGUGGUGCUCCUUUUCACAAACAUAUAACGUGGGAAAGCUGUUGCUUGAGAUACUAAAACAAAUUAUCGCUGGUAAGCGUGUUAUUGUAGGUGGUCGUAGCAUGGCUGACAUGUUGCGCAAGAGUUUAAUGAGAAAGAGAUAUCUCAUCGUAUUGGAUGAUAUGUGGGAAAUCAAGGCAUGGGAUGUGUUGCGGUCAUCUUUCCCUGAUGAUAGAAUUGGAAGCAGAAUAAUACUAACAACUCCACUUGAGCAAGUGGCAAGAGAGCUUAAGUACCAUAGUUACCCUUUUCACCUUCGAAUGCUAGAUGGUGAAGAGAGUUUUGUAUUAUGGCAGAGGACUGCUUUUCAAGGAGAGAUAUGUCCUCCGGAACUACUUGAAGUGGGAUGGCUAGUUACCCGAGAAUGUAAUGGAUUGACAGAUCUGAUUAUCAUGAUCGCUGGAAGUAUUCCGAAAAAGGAAAGGCGAGAUCCUAAAUCGUGGCUUAAGGUUGCACGUGAAUUAAGGUCCCAGUCUUUUGAAGAGUCGCUUAUGAAGAUGAUACAGUCAAGUUUUGACCGUUUAGAGGAUCAUCUAAAGUGUUGCCUUCUGUACAUGGGAUUGUUUCCUAAAGGCUAUGAAAUUCCAGUCUCUGAUUUGCUGAAGUGGUGGAUAGCUGAAGAGUUUGUGCAGACAAUUGACACAUUGAAACUAGAAGAAACAUCAAAGAGUUGCUUGUACGAUCUUGUUGACAGAUACCUAAUAACGGUUACUGAAACAAGAAGUGACGGUGAAAUAAAACACUGCAAAGUUCGUGAAGAAGUGCAUGAUUUUUGCUCGAGAAAAAUUAGAGAAGAAAAGUUUAUGCAGCUCGUAGUGCCAUAUAAUCCACAUCAACCUGCAGUAGAUACAGACGAACAAAGGAAAUGCAUGUAUAUACAUGACAUUAUGAAAAAUGAAUAUUCGUCUGAUAAGGCAAAGUCUUUCGAAAAAACUCAGGGGUCUCUAGAGUUCAUUGCGCAUCCGAAAUUCAGUAUACCUCACCGCACUAAUCUUUAUCCUUUACUUAAUGACUUCACACUUAUUAGGGUGUUGCAUUUAUUGGAUAUGUACUUGGAAAGUUCUUGGGCUACUGCAUUCCAAUCACUAACUCACUUGCGGUACCUUGCAAUUUUUGUCAAGGAACUUGAUUUCAAGUGGUUGUCACACCUACUCCAUCUGCAAACUUUGCGGGUUCGUUCAUCUUAUACGAUGAUAUCACCUGCUAUUUGGAGAAUGGCAAAGUUGAGGCAUGUGGAUAUAAACGAAUUUUCAAUCACAUGGGAAGAGAAUGAGCGAGUGAAUUUUGUAGAAUCUUCAGAAAUUGUGUUAUACAACUUGAAGACGCUUGGCAUGUUCUAUAUGUCUGUGGCUGACAUGACUCCAAAUUUCUGGGGGAAGUUUCCAAAUCUUGAAGAAUUAAAGCUCCACAUUGAUGAAUUUGGUGAUGUUCCUGAUGAUUCGGUGCUUUCCAUAAAACUUGACUUCCCCUCAAGUCUAAAGGUUUUGUCCCUUUGCGACAUUUUCCUAACGGAUGAAAUAGUUUUAACUAUUGCAAGACUGCGACAACUUGAGACUCUUAAAUUAUCCGAGAUAUACUUAACGGGGGAAAAGAUCUUGGACCUCAAUGAUAAUGAGUUCCCUGUGCUCAGAGUUUUGAAAUUACAUCAUGUGUUUAUGAUCCGGUGGAUUUGCUCAAAUGCAUCUUCAUCAUUUCCUCUGCUUGAAACACUAGUCAUAAAAAGUUGUUCCAAACUUGAGGAGAUCCCAUAUAGCUUUGCGGAUAUUGAAGCACUGCAAUUUAUUGAAGUGAUCAAAUGCGGGAAGUCUGUUUUGGAAUCAGCUCUGGAGAUUCAAGAAUGCCGUCGUGAAGAAAGCAAUUUCCAAGUUCAAGUCUCAUACAAAGACUAGAGACGCAUUCCUAGGCAGUGUUUGGAAUUGCGUAGAAGCUUCACGCCUCUCAUUUCCUUCAGAAAAAUGCCUCCAUGAAGUCGCAAUUGAGAAUUUUAUAUAUUACUGUUUAUGCUUUGCGUAUAGUGCUUCUUUUUUCCUUUUUUUGAAGAUUUCGAAAACUACUAUUGAGAACAGAUGAUCCGUAACUUUACCUUAUGCCAAUUGUGCCACACAUUGCAAUUGUUCGGGGUUUGUCCUGAUUUUCUUACUAUAUUUGAUUUUCACAUCUCUUGAAGGAAAGGUAACAUAUUUAACAUAAUUGAUUUAACCUUUUACGAAAAAGAAAAUAGAAUUCUUCUUUAUUUGGCUAGUUCUUUUUUUGGAAGGAAAAUAUUUUGGCUUCUAUAAAUUAAGGAUCUUUCCUUCUCAUUCAGUAACACCCACAAUGUAGCCAUAAGGCAUUUGAGAGUUUUGUUUAGGGGGAGAAUUUGUGAGAUAAGUGUUAUGUUGUCACUUGUGUGUGCCUCUUUGUGAGGUUGUUCUCUCGAUAUUUUGUACUCUCUUUUAUAUAGUGGAUUAGAUAAAAUUAUUAAUAACUUUGUAUAAGAAAAACCAGAAAUAUUGAAUUUAAAUGAAAUUACAUAUGAACUUUUUUUUUCUUUUAUAUAAAAAAAAUAUGGCCUCUCAUUGAAGUUUUGCUUUAGGCCUCCAUGUUUAUUGAGCCGCCCUUGUAGGUAAUGAAUAACCACAUGCUAGCUUUUUCCAUACUCUGUAUUGUUCUUUACCUGAUAACUUCUGAAAACUUUUUAAGUUUCUAUUUCAUUUAGAUGUUAUGUCUCAAAGCACAAGUGAUGGAUUGAUCUUAGCCAUCUUGGCAUACUUGGUAGUGACUAAUUCACCUGGUCACUUCCUCAUAGUUAGGGUUGUUGAGUUCAUUACACGAAUGCACAAAUUCCACUUGGUUAGAUUUUGAUAGUUAGGUAUGUUCUCCCUUCAGUUCGGUACUUGAAUGCACAUAGAUUGUCAGAAAUACCAUUGAUAUUUUUUCCCCAUAAGGGAACAUGACAAAGAACUAAAGAUAGGAAAAUAUAGUUGUUUCAAUGGAGUGUUUCAAUCAUAUUUGUUGUCUUUGUAAUAAGUGUGUCAUAUUAGUCAUGUUGGUAUCAUUGUACAAGCAACAUAUCUCUACUACAUACUAUCAAAUGAAGGUUCAUAUAUUGUUCUUA